GUCCGAGAAGCUCCGUUUCUUGGCGAAGCGGAGGAAGAGAGAGGGUUCGCUUCCUGGAGCCCGAAGCGAGACGAGAGAGGGUUCGCUUCUUGGAGCCCCAAGCGAGACGAGAGAGAACAAGAGGGGGAGAGGGAGGGGGGAGGAAAGAGAGCGAUUGAGGGGGCGGCGGAUGGUAGGGGAGAGAGAUAUGGAGGAGAAAACGAGGAAUCAGAUGAUGCAGAACCUCUUCGGCGAUCAAUCCGAAGAGGAGGAGGAGGAGGCGGAGGAGGUCGAUUCCGAGCACGAGGCCGCCGCCAACCAUUCCGAUUACCCCUCGGAUGAGGGGGAGGGCGAGGCUGAGAUCGAUGGUGAAGGAGAAGGUGAAGGUGAAGGGGAAGGUGAAGUUGAGGGGCAAGGUGAAGUUGAAGUGGAAAGCGAAGCUGAAGCACAUGACAUAGAUCUUGACAUGGGAGAGAGUGAAGCGGAAAGGGUUCAGAGUUCUCCAGAAAGAGAAAUUAGUGACCAAAGGAUGGAGAGUGAGGCAAAAGAUGCUGAAAGUGAAGAAGAAGGCUAUGGGCAAAGAGUAGUAACAAGCAGGAGACGAGAAGUAGUCGCUAGUGAAUCAGAGGGAUCUGAGGGUAAUCAUUAUGCUGAUCAUGAUAAUGAAGAUGUGGAGGUUGCUUAUGCAAGGAAGCCCAGCAGGUCAAUUGAUGAGCAAAAAGAUCAUGAAGUUGUUCGUGAUGUUUUUGGGGACUCUGAUGAGGAAGAGCCUGCUGAGUUUGGUGCUCAAGAUGAAAUCGAGCAAGAUUCACAUAGAUCUCCUAUGGAGGAGGAAGGUAGCUAUGAGAAAGGUUUGAGACCGGAGGACAUAGUGCCCGAUGAUGAUGGCCAGUAUGAGUGGGAAGAUGAGAAUCUUGAAAAGAAACCAAAGGAGAAACCAGUUGGCCCACCAUUGGAAUUGGAUAUUCCACUGCAUCCUCCACCAGGUCGACCUGAAAGAAUGAACAUGAUCAAGGUAUCUAACAUCAUGGGCAUUGAACCAAAACCUUUUGAUCCUAAAACAUACGUAGAAGAGGAUGUGUUUGUGACAGAUGAAUCUGGAGCUAAGAAACGUAUACGCCUAGAGGACAAUAUCGUGCGUUGGAGAGCUGUCAAGAACCGUGAUGGCACAACCUCUUAUGAAAGCAAUGCACGUUUUGUAAGGUGGGAAGAUGGAAGUCUGCAAUUGCUGAUUGGUAAUGAAGUUCUUAACAUAUCUGUGCAUGAGGCAGAUCACGAUCAAAGCCACCUAUUUCUUCGGCAUGGAAAGGGAAUCUUGCAGUCCCAAGGAAGGCUUUUACGGAAGAUGAGAUUUAUGCCAUCUUCUUUAUCAUCAAAGUCUCACCGUUUACUGACCGCUCUCGUUGAUUCACGUCAUAAGAAGGUUUACAAAGUGAAAAAUUGUAUUACUGACAUUGAUCCAGAGAGAGAAAAAGAAAAGAAGGAAAGGGUUGAAGGCCAAACAAUUAGAGCUAAUGUACUUCUUCAGAGGAAACGUGAAAAAGUAAACCGCAAGUACACACAAACUGUGAGCAGAGGACGGCAGCUUUCUCCAGGGUUUUUGGAGGAGGCACUAGAUGAGGAAGAUGAGCCUGAAGACUAUUACAGUUCUCACCGGGCAGCUUCAGCUCGUUAUCGUUUUGAGGAAGAUAUGGAAGCAGAAGCACAGGCUGAGAAGCGCAUAAUGAAUGCAAAGAGAUCAAAUAUACACAAAAAUGUCCCUCGCAAACCAUCCUUGCCCACAGCUCGUCCAGCAAGGCGCCAGGUAGAGGAAUAUUCAGAGAGUGACAGGGAGGAAUCUGAAUAUGAAAGUGAUGGUGAGGAUAUUGAGAGGUCACCGGCACAUACAAGGGAGGAUGAGGCAGACCAUGAAGAUGAAUAUGAGGAGGAUGAGGCAGAUGAAGAAUCCCUAGGUGCAAAUUCUGCAUCCGAAGAAGAUGAAGAUGAGGAGCCAAGGAGAAAGAUCAAGGAAACUGGAAGCAGCAGUCUGAAACGCAAGGAGAUAGAAUUAGAUGGAGAGUCUCCUCCACGAAAGACAACAAUGCAUCGUAGAAAGGCAGUUGUCUUUGACAGUGAUGAAGAGUGAGCGCAGGAGUUGGCACUGGCGCCGCUAAUUGAUGGAGGUGCUCUAGGCGCUGGUGGGAGGGCACCUCUGCAUUGUCUGAGAUGACAACUCCAUCCGGACUUGUUGCACAAUGAAGCGUAUAUUUCACCUUCUGCACCAUUUUUACUUUGUUUCGUUUUUUAAGCUAGAAAGAACUGGUGCUCGUCACCUUGAGGAACUUGGGGGCCUUGAAUCAAUACACCAGAUAUAAUGGUUGAACAAGUUGUUUUUCUACUUAUAAUCAUGAUGAUCAUUGUGUAUUCUAAGCCCAGUCUACUUAUAAUUAUGAUGAUCACUGUAUACUCUAAGCCCAAUGUCAGCCUUUGGGAGAUUCAUGAGAUUCGUCCUGUAAUGAUUUCUAGUAAGGUGGAGCCCGGAUUUAAUGAUGC